CCCGUGCAGGCCCUCCGGCGAGUGCAGGAUCCGCAGAGGGUGUACCAGGAGAAGCUCCCGGACCACAUGGAUGAUGGUAUGAAACAUCAGGACCCAGGGAUGUAUAAAGGAUCUGCCUAUUCUGGUUACCCUUUCCUGAUGCUCUCAGAUCCGUAUCUGCCCAAUGGAUCUAUGUCACCUCUGUCCAACAAAGUUCCCGUGGUGCAGCCAUCGCACGGAGUGCACCCGCUCACCCCGCUCAUCCCCUACAGCAACGAGCACUUCAGCCACGGCUCCCACUCCCCCCACCUGCCUGCUGACAUCAACCAGAAACAAGGAGUGCACCGUCCUUCGCAGACCUCAGACAUCCCUGGCUUCUACCCCCUGCCCCCCGGAGGAGUGGGGCAGAUCACGCCGUCGAUGGGAUGGCAGAGCCAGUCUGUCUAUCCGCUCCCGUCAUGUGGAUUUAGACAGCCGUACUCGUCAGCGCUUUCUGCUGGGGCUUCUUUCUCCAGGUUCACUCACCCUCUGAUGCUGGGCUCUGGCAUGCACACCACCGGCAUCCCGCACCCUGCCAUCGUGCCCCACUCCGGCAAGCAAGAGAUGGAGCACUACGACAGAAACAUGAAACCUCAGCCAGAACCAAAGAGAGAGAAGGAAGCCAAGAAGCCCACUAUUAAGAAGCCCCUGAAUGCUUUCAUGUUGUAUAUGAAAGAAAUGCGGGCGAAAGUCAUCGCCGAGUGCACCCUGAAGGAGAGUGCUGCCAUCAACCAGAUCUUGGGCAGGAGGUGGCACGCGCUGUCCCGGGAGGAACAGGCCAAGUACUACGAACUAGCUCGCAAGGAACGGCAGCUCCACAUGCAGCUCUACCCCGGCUGGUCUGCCAGAGACAACUAUGGGAAGAAGAAGAGACGAACACGGGAAAAGCAGCAAGAUUCCAGCUCAGAUCCUGCCUCUCCUAAGAAAUGCAGAGCUCGCUUUGGCCUCAACCAACAAACGGACUGGUGCGGCCCGUGCAGGAGGAAAAAGAAGUGCAUUCGGUACCUACAAGGAGAAGGACGCUGUGCCAGCCCAGUUUCUUCCGAUGGAAGUGCUAUAGACUCCCCUCCAUCCCCACCGGACGCACUCCGAUGCAUCCCCUCCGCCUUCCCGUCAGAGCAGCUCGCAGCCCCCGCCGACCCCGCGCACCGCGACCAGCCCGACCCCUGCCCCGUGUCCGCGCACCUCCCGCCCGCCUCCGGCCCCUCCAGACCCGGCGCCCGGCGCUCCUCGGCGCCCCCCGCCUACAGCCGCGCCUCCUCGGGGACAUAGUCCCUGCCUGCUCCCGGACGAGGACCAGAGGCACAGCCAAAUCCCCAUCUCACUGUAAAACAUGCAAAGUUUGGCCACAGGAUGACUUAAGGAUGAUGGAAAACUCAUUUGGUUGGGGUUAUUUUGGAGGGGAGGGAUGAUAAAGAUAGAAAAGCAAUUAAAAAAAAAAGGUAAAAAAUAAGUACUUGCCAAAAGUUAAAGUGCUGAUGAGUAAACAAGCCUUUUGUCCCUGCCCUGUGAUGCUUUUUUUUGUUUGUUUGGGGGUUUGUUUUGGUUUCUUUUUUACUGUAUUAUCUCCAAGCGUGGCAGAGAGCAGAGCCACAUCCCCAGCUUGCUGCUGUAGGUGGUAGGUGCUGUCAGUCUAACCCUGGCUUCCACUCCCUGCCCUCCGAGCUGCUUCAAAGUGUAGUCACUCACAGAUCUCCCAUAGCCCUUACACCAAGGAGCUGGAAAAGCUGGAAUAGGAGAAUUUUUUUAAAAGCCCAGAUGUCUGAAAAGGAAACUAAGCGAUACCAGUGUUCUGAUCUGACAGGGUGAAACAGAAAUUAAAUAUUUAAAGCAAUGAGGUGAAUUUUUUGAACUUCUUGUUUGAGAACAGGAAGAUGUUUGCAGGUAACAGGUCCCAUUCCAUGGUUGUACAGCAAGGCAGAGGAAAAGGGAGCACCAGCCAGGCAAAGGAGCACGGACUGGCUGCGGGAAGGGCUGCUGGUUGCUCAGGACACUGGGCAGGUGCAGCAUCUGUCCUCUGCAGAUGUCAGAGGGAUGGUCAGAAAUCCCACCAGACAGACUGCCCACAGCCUCACAAAUCAGUCUGUUGCUUUUGUAGGCUCUGAUCAAGCUCUGCACGUGCACAGCAGCGAGCAGGGCAGGGCAUGUGGGAGCCAGCAGCCCCAGCAGCCCCAGGAUGUCACUGGCCCAGGGCACAGACCCACACUGGCCCAGCAGGUCCCUCAGGGGGAGGUGUGAGCUCUCCUGGCAGCACAGCAGCACUCACUGCCCCGCUCUGUAGGCAUCUGUCUGUACAUACCCUCGGUGACAUAAGAACCCUCUUUGUCAUGAUUCAGUGUAGAACUUUUUAAAAAACCUUAUUCUAGCUUUUUCUAAAAGAUUCUCCCUCCACCCCAAUGAUGAUGCCAAAUGUUCAUGUAUUCUCUCCAGCUUUAAAAUGUUUACCAGUUUCUGGUACUGUAUUUAUAUUUUGAGUUUGAUAAACAAAAAACACUGUGGAUGGAUUAUGAUCUCCAUGAACUGAUGUAAAUCCCAAAUAAUUCCAAGUUCUGGAUUUGCUUCAGGUUUACAGUCUUCUCAGAGACCACAGUCUAGUCCAGUGCAGACUUUUUUUCCUGUUUGAAAGAAAUCUAUUCCAGACUGCUGAAGAGAAAAAUGACACCACACAGAGGUAGAGGGGGCACUAUUUUUUUCCUACUUGAUAGAUGGGUUUUGGAGUACUGAAUACAAAUUAUGUAGUAAUAUUAUUGUAGAACUGCAAGAAAUUUAAGAUGACCUUUAUAAUGUACAAACUAUUUUUAUAUUUUUUCUUAAUGCAAAAACACAAACCAUAAUUUUUUACAUUGGAUUAAACGUAACUUUUUAACCAACUUUAUGCCUCAAAGAUUUAAAAAUUUAAAAAAAAAAAAAGCCAAACCUAACUAGUCUGUAGAGCAGCUUUGGCUUUAGUCCCUUUAUUUAGAUGGUUUUGCUUCUAGUAGUGUAGAUUUUUUAUUUCUGGUUUUAGUUUUGAAGAUUUAAACCUGUUUCUUUGUUCCUCUCCUGUAUAAAUGUAACUUCAGAAGCACUGACAGAAAGCUAUGUGCACAAACCUGACAAGUUUGCAAAGAGUCAUUUUGAAGUUUGAAUCAUUUUAACCCUUGGAGAAGUAGCAUUACCCGAUCCAAUGCGAACUGUACACUUUUGUACUGACUGCACUCAGAGGGUUAAUUACAUAGCACUAGAUCAAUAUGCAAUCUGCUCAUUUUAAAUUAUUUUAGCAAGCUUAGCCAACAGCAUGUUCUGGUGCUGAACAGAGGAACUCAGUAGACUUGCCAGACCUGAUAUGAUCUCUUUAAUCAUAUGAUUUUCAAACAAAAGAAACAGCUUUAAAAAUGGUUGUGUCUCAGCUCAUCAUUUGUCACUCUGAGACCCUCUGCUGUAAGGUGCUCUAAGUGUCACCUCCUGGAAACACCAGAGAUGACAGAGCAGCCACCACAGCCUGGUGUGCCCCAUCCUGGGUGUAAGGCUGGUGCAACUCAACACCCAACUGCUACUGCAUGGUUGGAUGACAGAUGGAACUUAGCAGCAAAGCAAAGGCAGGUAGAAAAGGCAGAUGUGUCUAAAUAACACCAGAGGAAAUUUCAGGGCAAGUCCUGAUCAGUAUUAAACUGGCCCAGGCACCCCCAGGACCUCCACCCGCCUAUUUCAAGGCUCCUCUGGCCCCUCCAUGGGGUGGAGUCCCUGCCUGGACCAGCAAAAGGCUCUCCUGCAUUACAGCCUCCUCUCACCACUGAAAUCCCACUGAUUCCUGCCAAAGCUCCUCAGUGACAGUGAACACCCCCUCUCCAGGAGCCCCUGCCUGUGCCCCCGUGGCACAGCAGCAUUUCCAGAGCCCCAGAGCUGGAGCAGUCACACUCAGCACUGUGUGCUCUGCUCUACACAUACAGGCCAGAGCUCACCCCGUGCUUCCACUGCUGCAGGAUAAACUCACAACACCCACCUGUGAUAAACUGCACCCAGUUUAUACUGGGGAAACUGAGAAAAUGUCAUUAUUUCUAUUCCAAAACACAGAAAAGAUACUGUUAGGCCACUCCUUUCCAAGACAAAACAGCAUGACUGACUUCUGUUCCAUGGCCCCAUGGCUGAUAACCAAUGCCAAAACAGAGUUAUUCAUACCAAAAAGGGUGUCUUUCAAACUGCCAUAUGAAGUGUUGCUAUUUUGUGUUAAUACUCUUUUUUAAUAAAAGGAAGACUUUGCCCUGAAGUUUUUAUCUCAACAAGAAAUUUUUUUAGUUCUUUUACAGCAGUUUUAACUCUUCCUGAAAUAUGUAUUUGAAUUCCUGGAAUCAGUCUGAAUGUAGAAGUCAUGGAAGUACCACUUCAUUAAAUCAAGUAAAACCACUGUAUGUAUGUAGCAGGGAUAAAUGUUUUGCAGCUGUACCUUCAUUUGUCCAAUGACUAUCCAUCAUUUGUUGUAAUUUUUUUACUUCACUGAGUUUGUAUUUUUUGGCUUUUAUGUUCAAAGUAUGUUUAUAGCUUUAUAAAUAAAGUAAUUGCCAGACUGGCUGUUCAAAAGAGGCCACUGGAAGUUAUAAUGCUAUCAAGCUCUCAAGUAACUAUUUCUUAGCAUUCAAGAGGAUUCCUGCUUGCUUUUGUUUUUUCCCUUCAGCAUUUGUAUGUUUGAAUAGUUUUUAGAAUAACUGCCAAUAACCUUCAAUGGGUAAGACUGAAAUACUGAGCCAAGGGUCCAAAGAAAAUACUUUUUUCCUACAAUUCCUACUGACACCCAGCCUUGCUUCUCCCUACCCCCACAGUCAAUCCCUUGAAAAGCCUGAUCCCUGAUCAUGCACUGACUUAAAAAAAAAAAAAAAAAGGAAAAAAAAAAAGCAGCUUUAAUACAAGUUAAACAGCACCAGAAAGUUUAGCAGUGGGAAUCAGUCUCAGAGCACACAGCCAGUGCCCGUUAGAGCAGCAAGGAGCAGGUUCAGCUGAAGCACAGAACAAGGCAGCAGCCACAGGACAGCCCAAACCCUCAGCACCUCCCCAGUGUCCUUCUCUACAGCUCAGCACUAGUAUUACUGGAGUGGGUAAGACAACUGAGAGAUUCACAAAACCAGGCUUUUCCUGCUGACAUCCCUGCCAGGCAGCUACAGAACCUGAAUGUGGCUGAAGUCUGAGUCACUACUGUAGGGGAAUGUCAAUUAGAGCAAGUAAGUUUAUGCAAUCCUGACUACCAAGGCCAGUGAGAGAAUUACAGAUCUGACAGAGCACACAAUGCCUUGAGCACACAGAGCAGCCCUCCUGCACCUCCACACAGGUGCCUCAGUGCCAAGAGCCACGUGUCACAACCUGGGGCUCCAGCACAGGCUCCAGCCCUGCACACCUGCCCAGCACAGCUCAGCCUUGGGCCAGCUGCUCUCACAGGUACCAGCUUUAAUCCCACGUGUGGUUAUGCAGGCACAGCACAGCUGGAGCAGUGCAAUGAGGAAGAUAAACUGUCUUUGUCCCUCCCUCACCCUGAAGCAGCAUGAGGCAUCCUGCAAGGCUGACAAACAUUGACAAUGGGCUUGUGACAAGCACCCAAAGGAAUUUACACAGGCUGCUGCCACCAAGCACAAUUACACCAGGCUUCUGAAUGUUAACUACAAACAGCCACAGAAAGGACAUUUUCCAUCACAUUUUCCUCUAGUAGCACUUCUAAACUGAGGUGCAUUGUUUGCAAUGCAGGCUGCUGGAAAGGCUUCAGCAUGUCCAAGUGCAGCAGGGCAGUAUUUGAUGCCCACUGACAAUGUCUAAUACACCCAAUAUAAUGCACAACAACACAAAGGCAGGCCCCACAACCUCCUGAGAAACCAGAUGUGAGGAGCAGUUCUACCCAAAGCAUGGGUUUCAACGCUGCUUUAGAGCAAAUUCUGAAUGCUUUCAUAAUGGUUACAUCCAAACUGUAGGCAAUCUUGGUAAGCCAUCAAAAAAUCUCUCUGGAUAUUUAUCCAUAACCCAACUUCAUCUCAAAGUUGCCCACUGUGUCUGACUGGUACCCUGCAUUAGUCCCUUACAAACUUGACAUCUGUUUUGUUUCAAUUAACCACUGCCUCAGUGCUAUUAUUUCUACACUCAGUAACAAAUGACAGUAAAACUGUCUAGUUCCAAAUAACUAGAACCAUUUGCAAACCAAAGUUUAAAAGCCCUUUAUUAAUUCAGAAGUGAAACACCAAUAUUUCAAGUGAGAUAAGUAUGUUUAUUAAGGUUCAUUCUACUCUAAGGUUUAUACAGAGAAUGGAAUGCAAUACAAGCUAAGAGCACACCUCAAAGAUCUACCACACAACCAUCCCCUACUCCCUAUAAGGGAACUGUAAAAAAAAAAAA